AGUCCCGCCCCCUCCUGACAGACUUCCUUUUUCAGAAUGUUCUAGUGAGUUCGGUUGGAGACAACGGCAAGAUGAUGGGCCGGCCAGUCCUCGUGUUGAGCCAGAAUACCAAACGGGAGUCUGGGAGAAAAGUUCAAAUUGGUAACAUUAAUGCAGCUAAGACAAUAGCGGAUGUGAUCAGAACAUGCCUUGGACCCAGGGCUAUGAUGAAGAUGCUGCUAGACCCCAUGGGUGGUGUUGUUAUGACCAACGAUGGGAAUGCUAUCCUUCGAGAGAUUCAGGUACAGCACCCAGCCGCUAAGUCAAUGAUUGAGAUCAGCCGUACUCAAGAUGAGGAAGUUGGUGAUGGGACCACGUCAGUCAUCAUUCUUGCUGGAGAGAUGCUAGCUGUGGCAGAGCAUUUCUUGGAACAGCAGAUGCACCCAACUGUCAUUAUCGGUGCUUACCGUCAGGCUCUAGAGGAUAUGGUCACUUUCCUUAAAGAUAUCAGCACUCCAGUAGAUGUAAACAGCAGAGAUCUGAUGCUCAAGAUUAUUAACUCGGCUAUCAACACAAAAGUUAUUAACCGCUGGGCUGACUUGGCAUGCAAUAUGGCACUUGAUGCUGUCAAGACUGUAGAGCUGGAGGAGAAUGGGCGUAAAGAGAUUGAUAUUAAACAGUAUGCCAAAGUAGAAAAGAUCCCAGGAGGAUUUAUUGAGGAUUCGUGUGUUUUGCGUGGUGUGAUGGUGAACAAGGAUGUGACUCAUCCACGUAUGCGAAGAAUGAUCAAAAAUCCACGUAUUGUUCUUCUUGACUGUUCCCUGGAAUACAAAAAAGGAGAAAGUCAGACUGAAAUUGAGAUUACAAGGGAAGAGGACUUUGCUCGUAUCUUGCAAAUGGAAGAAGAAUACAUUCAGCAGAUCUGCGAGGAUAUUAUACGUUUGAAACCUGACCUUAUUUUUACAGAAAAGGGAAUUUCUGAUUUGGCUCAACAUUACCUCAUGAAAGCAAAUAUCACAGCAAUUCGUCGUGUUAGAAAAACAGACAACAAUAGAAUUGCCAGGGCAUGCGGUGCUCGCAUUGCAAGUAGAACAGAUGAGCUUCGUGAGGAAGAUGUUGGUACGGGUGCUGGCCAAUUUGAGAUCAAGAAGAUUGGCGAUGAAUACUUCACUUUUAUUACAGAGUGCAAAGAUCCUAAAGCAUGUACCAUCAUUCUUCGAGGGGCCAGUAAAGAGAUACUUGCUGAGGUAGAGCGUAAUCUGCAUGAUGCCAUGCAGGUUUGUCGUAAUGUUCUCCUAGAUCCAUAUUUGGUACCUGGUGGAGGUGCUGUAGAGAUGGCUAUAUCUCAUUUACUGACGGAGCGAUCAAAGUCUAUGACAGGUGUGGAGCAGUGGCCCUAUCGAGCAGUGGCACAAGCACUGGAGGUCAUUCCAAGAACACUUAUCCAGAACUGCGGAGCAAGUACUAUCAGAGUUCUGACCUCACUGCGGGCAAAGCACACUCAAGAAGGAAGCACUUCCUGGGGUGUGAAUGGUGAGACUGGAGCCUUAGUUGACAUGAAGGAUAUGGGCAUCUGGGAGCCUUUAGUUGUAAAGGCACAAACCUACAAAACUGCAAUGGAGACUGCCAUAUUGCUUCUGCGAAUUGAUGAUAUUGUUUCUGGACACAAAAAGAAGGGGGAUGAGUCUAACAAGGCACCAGAAGCUGAUAAUUAAUGUUUGUACCAUUGGAAUUGGUUGGCUGUCGGGCUUGCAAGGCACUAUAUUUAUUUGUGAUAUCAAAAGGGGCCACUGGUCUGGGUUAACAGCCUUUUUGUUUGAAUGAAAUGCAGUUCAGCCAAAUGCACUGACAUAAUCUUUUACAUCAAUUGUUACAACUAUGUGUUGCAAACAAUAAUAAAAUAAACUUGGAAAACUUUG